AUUCUGCUAAUGAAGAUAAAGAACAAUCAAAAAAUGAAGCCAAAGCAACCGUCAGAGACUCUUCUCAAUCAAUCGAAAAUUCCAUAAAACAACAAAAGAUUAAACAAAAACCAGAUUUAGUUGCUCAAUUAGACAAGACAUUAUCUGCCCUUAGUGGUGGUUCAUUUUCAUUUAACGCGCCAUUAUUAGAAUCCGAUCCUCUAAUAGAUGAUAAGCUUAGUGAUAGUAUUUCUUCAAUUGUCACAGAUAGUAACGGUAUAAUUAAUGGAACACAUAUUGUUGCACCUCCACCUGGUGUCGGUUUCCCCAGAACAGAUAUCGUUUCGCCAACUUUUACUCCUACGUCCGAUCUCCAUCAACAGCCACAAAUUCAUUACACCGGCUCAUUCAAUCCGUUUGCAGCCGAUGAUGAUAAAUUCGAUGUGUUCAUUCCUGAAAGUAGUUCAUCAUCAUCACCAUUGACUGCUCUUGGCUUACCAUCAAUUGGUGGUACUGGUGGCGGUAGUGUAUCAUCAACAAAUUCCUACUCAACUGAUCCAAGACUUAUUUCACAUCAAAUUAAUAGUAAUAAUGUUUCUUCGAGGCCUAGACAUACGUCGCGUUUUGGUUUUGCACAAGAGGACAAUGACGGUUCUAAUUUGGAUCCUUUAUCAAUGAAAGAUUUACAAGAGGAUUUAAGAGCCAUUUUUCCUAAUGCUAAAGUAAGUUAUGGACCUAGUGAGAUUCAUCAGGAAUCCAUGUGGAGUUUGGCAAAUGAAUCUGGUGCUUUCGGAGGAUUGCCAAUCAGGCGUAGCUUAAUUCCAACAGCACCAUCAUCAUCUGUAGCUUCGAUAAACAAUGCAUUAAAUCAAACUCAAAAUCUUCAUGGUGACAAUACAAAUAACGUAGCUCCAAGUAUUAAAGCACCGCCUCCAGGUAUAUAUACACCAACACCUCGUAUGGAUUAUGGUGUUGGAGCAACAGGUGGUGGAUGGAACCCACAUAAUACUACACCAUGGAAUUUUGAAGAAGAUUAUAAUAUACGACCAAUUUCACUUCAAAAUCCAAACUUUUUACAAGGAGCUGCCACUACUGCAACAGUCAGACCUGCUAGAGAUGAUACACAAGAUUUUUUUGGAGCAUUUUUAAAAGCUGCAGUUGGAAACACAAACACACAUGAAGAUAUUCAUAAUGAGGCUGAACCUGUUCCUAAUAUCCUUCAAGAUCCUGCAAUUAUGACAGUUCGUUUUUCACAACCUGGCGAAAAUCCAUAUAGAGCACCAGGAGCACCAGGAGCACCACCUAUGAUUCCCCAACAACAAUAUCAGCCAAUGCAAAAUGUUGGAGCUCAUCGAUUAAGUGUGUUUGAACGGGUGGCAAGGACAGGAGAAGAUCAGAUUGGUAAUGGUUACGGUGUAGGAAUUGGAUUGGUUGGAAAAAUGAUUGUUGAUGGUGUUGGUGUAGGAGUUGGACCAGAUGAAGGCGGCUUUCCUAAUUGA